AUGUCGUCGCAUUGUGGUGGCAGCCAAGAGGAUCUUACUGGAGGUAAAGCGUCAGCACAGAUUGUGCACCUGCCUCCACGCUUGCAGGUUGCAAGUAUUGCUUGUGGCUGGAAGCAUUCGCUUCUCGCCACUGCUGAAGGUGACGUUUACUCAUGGGGGAGUGGACGACAUGGCCAACUGGGACUGGGAGCCGAAGCCUUGAAGUCUGAAGCUCCCAAGCGGAUUGAGACCUUGAAAGGCACGGCUAUCAUUAACGUCUUUUGCGGAUGGGAGCACUCUGUCUUUCGCUCUUCCGAUGGCGAUAUAUACACCUGCGGGAACAACCGACAUGGGCAAUUGGGCCAGGUGAAUGCGCUGCCCAUUCAAGUGGUAGACCCAAGUAACAGCAACAUAAGUCUCCGUACAGCUCAGGUCAGCUGUGGAUGGCACUUUGUGCUGUGCCUCACAGACACUGGAAAGCUCGUGACUUGGGGCAAAGGCAGUCAUGGACAACUGGGUCUCGGAGGGUUUGACAACGCGUACGAGCCCCAAGUCGUCCCAUUUCCGCACACUGCUCGACACGUUGCAUGCGGUAGUGAACAUUCCAUGGUGGUGACGACUAGCGGAGACCUGUACACGUGUGGCUGGGGAGAACAUGGCAAUCUUGGACAUGGCGACAAGACCAACCGUGCUUCGUUGGAGAAGGUUGAGUUUUUUAUCAACAACAACCAAAAGGUCAUCAGUAUCGCAGCUGGGGGCGCAGUUUCCAUUGCUGUCACGAACAGUUGA